AUGGCCAACUUCACACCUGUCAAUGGUAGUUCAGCCAAUCAGUCCGUGCGCCUGCUCACCACAGCCCACAACCACCUGGAGACAGUGGAGAUGGUGUUCAUUGCUACGGUGACAGGCUCCCUGAGCCUGGUGACUGUUGUGGGUAACAUCCUGGUGAUGCUGUCCAUCAAGGUCAACAGGCAGUUGCAGACGGUCAACAACUACUUCCUGUUCAGCCUGGCAUGUGCGGAUCUCAUCAUCGGGGCGUUCUCUAUGAACCUCUAUACCUUGUACAUCAUCAAGGGUUACUGGCCCCUGGGUGCCGUGGUCUGUGACCUGUGGCUGGCCCUGGACUAUGUGGUGAGCAAUGCCUCUGUCAUGAACCUUCUCAUCAUCAGCUUUGACCGCUACUUCUGCGUCACCAAACCCCUCACCUAUCCAGCCCGCCGCACUACUAAGAUGGCAGGCCUCAUGAUUGCAGCUGCCUGGGUCUUGUCCUUUGUGCUCUGGGCCCCUGCCAUCUUGUUCUGGCAGUUUGUGGUGGGCGAGAGGACAGUGCCUGAUAACCAGUGCUUCAUCCAGUUCUUGUCCAACCCGGCAGUGACCUUUGGCACAGCCAUCGCCGCCUUCUACCUGCCUGUGGUCAUCAUGACGGUGCUGUAUAUCCACAUCUCACUGGCCAGCCGCAGCCGUGUUCACAAGCAUCGACCUGAGGGCCCCAAGGAAAAGAAGGCCAAGACUCUGGCUUUCCUCAAGAGCCCUCUGAUGAAGCCGAGCAUCAAGAAACCUCCACCAGGGGGCGCUUCUCGGGAGGAACUGCGCAACGGGAAGCUCGAAGAGGCUCCUCCGCCGGCCCUUCCCCCGCCUCCACGCCCAAUGCCUGACAAGGACACUUCCAAUGAGUCCAGCUCGGGCAGUGCCACCCAGAACACCAAGGAACGGCCACCCACAGAGCUGUCUACCACAGAGGCCACCACACCAGCGCUGCCUGCCCCUACCCUGCAGCCACGAACCCUCAAUCCAGCCUCCAAAUGGUCCAAGAUUCAAAUUGUAACAAAACAGACAGGCAACGAAUGUGUGACGGCCAUCGAGAUUGUACCUGCCACGCCAGCUGGUAUGCGCCCAGCAGCCAAUGUGGCCCGAAAGUUUGCCAGCAUCGCUCGCAACCAGGUGCGCAAGAAGCGGCAGAUGGCGGCCCGGGAGCGCAAAGUGACUCGGACAAUCUUUGCCAUUCUGCUGGCCUUCAUCCUCACCUGGACACCCUACAAUGUCAUGGUCCUGGUGAACACCUUUUGCCAGAGCUGUAUCCCCGACAGGGUGUGGUCCAUCGGCUACUGGCUCUGCUACGUCAACAGCACCAUCAACCCUGCCUGCUAUGCACUCUGCAAUGCCACUUUCAAAAAGACCUUCCGGCACCUUUUGCUAUGCCAGUAUCGGAACAUCGGCACAGCCAGGUAGACGGGCAGGUGCCCUAGGAGGUGCUGGU